AUGUGGUCCGAUACAUUUCUCAUUGUAUUUAUCUCAAUUUGUACGGCUCUAUUAGGAGAAGGCUUAACAUGGUUAUUAGUAUAUCGAACAGAAAAAUAUCAAAAGCUGAAAGUGGAAAUUGAAAAGUCUAGUAAAAAACUUGAAAAACGUAAAGAAGCCCAUGGAGACUCUGUCGACAAACAGCAAAAAAAAAAAAUUGAACGUGUUGAAGAAAAACUUAAAAUUAACAAUCGUGAUUUAUCAAUGGUUAAAAUGAAGUCCAUGUUUGCCAUUGGUUUUGCGUUUACAGCACUAUUAAGCAUGUUCAAUAGCAUAUUUGACGGACGUGUUGUAGCAAGAUUACCUUUUACACCUAUUCCCUGGGUUCAAGGAUUAUCACAUAGAAAUUUACCAGGCGAUAAUUAUACAGAAUGUUCUUUUAUUUUCUUGUAUAUAUUGUGUACUAUGUCAAUACGUCAAAAUAUUCAAAAAUUAUUAGGAUUUGCUCCAUCAAGAAUGGCUAACAAACAAAGUGGUGGCUUAUUUGGACCUCAACCUCAACAAUUUAAAUAAAUUUAAUUGAAUAUAAAAAUUAGUAUUAAUAUAAAAGACCAAUUUAUUUUUAUUUUAUUUU